CACGUUGGAAGGAAAGGGGGGAGAGAGAGAGAGAGAGAGAGAGAUAUCUACUUACAGCUGCUGUCAGACAUCCGAUCGCAUUCGCAUGGCGAGGAGGUAACCUGAUCGAGCUGGGAGGAGUGACUUUACCGGGGAAGGUUUGAACAAAAAAAAAAAAAACAUGUCUUCUUCUUCUGCCGGAGGAGUCACAACAGCAAAUGACAUCAAGAGGGAAAAUGUGAAGGAGGUGGAUAAGCGGGAGUGCAUCAAGCUUGUGGCGCUGGACGCGGCGGAGUUGUCCAUGGAGCGCAACGCGGACGCGGUGCGCACGGAGCUGUUGGUGAGCGCCGCUUCCUCUCUGGCUUUCUCCCCGGAGCAAGUGGCGUGCGUUUGCGAGGCAUUGCAGCAAGGGGGUAAUGUGGACCGGCUGGCCAGGUUCCUGUGGUCCCUGCCACAGAGUGACCUGCUCCGUGGGAACGAAAGCAUCCUGAAAGCGCAAGCCCUCGUAGCGUACCACCAGGCUCGGUACCAGGAGCUGUACAGUAUUUUGGAGAACCACAGUUUCAGCCCGUCCAACCACACCUUUCUGCAAGAUCUGUGGUACAAGGCCCGGUACACCGAGGCGGAGAAGGCACGGGGGAGACCCCUGGGCGCCGUGGACAAGUACAGGAUCCGGAGAAAGUACCCUCUCCCCAGGACUAUCUGGGACGGCGAGGAGACUGUGUAUUGUUUCAAGGAGAGGUCCCGCAACGCGCUGAAGGAUCUUUAUAACCACAAUAGGUAUCCGUCUCCGGCAGAGAAAAGAAACCUCGCCAAGAUUACAGGACUCUCCCUGACCCAGGUCAGCAACUGGUUCAAAAACAGGAGACAGAGAGACAGAAACCCGUCCGAAGCACAAUCGAAAAGUGAAUCUGAUGGAAACCACAGCACAGAGGACGAGUCUAGCAAAGGCCAAGAGGAAUUGUCUCCCCGGCCCCUCUCCAACUCCUCAGAUGGAGUGAUCACCCACGGGACCCUUCCCAUUCAAACGGGGCCCCUGGACAGUGGGGUGGUCCUCCAACAGAUCGGGGACAUCAAGCUGCCCCCUGGAUCCAGCAGUGGCGGCCUCUACAACGGAGGUCUAGUGACGAACACCCCCUCCGCCGUCUUUCACAACGGGGGCUCCUCUUACCUCCACACACCUGGAAACAUCCUCUUCAACGGGCUCAAUUUGGGCAUCCAGCCGCUGGCCUUCAACCCUCUGAGGCCGUCCGGCGGGGUCUUGCUGGGGGGCUCUGGUAUGGACAUGCAGAUGCAGACAGGGCAGGAGAAGGGACUGGGCAGUUCUGCCGAGGACUCGUCCCUGCAGUACGGCUCGUACUCGGGCUGCGUGAACGGGGCCGAGGUGAAGCUGGAGGGGGUUCACACCAUGGCUCCCCAGAACGGAGCGUCCUCCGUGCUCACGUUCGGCUCCUCUUCAGGUGCGCUGCAGCUGGGUGGCUACAGUCUGGUCCAGGUACCAAGUGGAGUCUCUGACGGCGACGGCAACUCGUUACUCAACGGCGACAUAGGUCUCCCUCCACUGCAGCUCUCCUCUGCUCUAUCUGCCUCGACGAUCACACAAGGUAACAUACCGCUGAACAACGUAGCAGUGAGUUCCUCCAGCGACUCGUUCCAGCAGCAGGACAAGCUCACCAUGACGUCCCUUCACCACAACGCCGUCCUCUACAGCAUGAGCAACGCCAGCCAGGCGGCCAUCAAGAAGGAGCCUCUGGAGGGAGGGGUGUACUCCUCGUACCACCACGGGCUCCACCUGGACCCCAGCGGCCAUCUCGGCUACUCCGCUCACAACUCGGACGAGGCUCCUUCCAGCCAAGGCGCCGCCUCGUCCACCGAGGUCUCCGCCGUCAGCUCAUCCAGCCCCGAGCCAGAGGUCUACACCACCCUCACCGUCAGCACGCCCCUGAUGACCCAAACGGAGCCCGGCAGCCACCACCUCCAGCCCGCAGAGUAUCUCGGGGGCCACGUGUUGCGGGGGCCCUCCUCACACCUGAUGGGCCCCGGCAUGAACAGCAACUACAUAAACCUUUCAGAAAGCAAGGCGGAAGGUUCGGGCUCGGGGGGCGUGAGGGAGAUGGUGCGGGCCAUGUGUGGGGAGAUGGAGGCCGUGGAGGGGAAGGACCUAGCCAAACUACAGACAGUGCAGAUGGAGGAGAACAUGGCUGACCUUUAACCUCAAACCUCUUGUAGAAGCACUAAUGUCCGCCCAAGCAGGGAUAUGGUGAAAUGUUGAACUUUUGUGUGAGCGUGUGUGUGUGUGUGUGUGUGUGUGUGCGCGUGUGUGUUUUUUUUUUUACUAUUCAAUUCUUUUAAAUGUUAAAUUAUUUUAGUUCAUUUGACUUUUACAAUGCACUCUAAUCAGAGGGGAGCCCUGGAGGUGUGCAUUAUCUGGCCGUCAUAAAAAUAAAAGUCUGUGAGAUGUUGCUAAAGGCCCCGUUCAUAAGACAUAACAACGGUUACGCACAGAAGAAGUUGCUUCAUGUGUUGUGAGCCGUGUUUAAAUAUGCAUCUUUAUAGACAACACCUGCUACUUCCUGUUGAGUGGAUUUGAUCUGCAGAAGCAGGUGCUGGAAUGCUUGGAGUCAUGUGACAAGGAUGUUCCUCCAAACUAAAUGCGUCAUAUGGGUCAAACCAAAAAGGUCAUUCAGUAGGGGGAAGAGGGAGAGAGCCUCGGUGAAAACGCUCAGUUGGAGCAACAGCUUCAGCGGAGGGCCGCACACAAACAGAGAAAAAGUGAUUCAACUAACAAAGCUGCUGAUUCCAGAAGAAGUGUCCUUCGGUAAUCACCUUAAAUGAUCCGUACGCCUCUCAAGUCACUCUGAAACCCCGUUUUGUGCUUUAUAUCUUACCAAAUGAAGAGUUAAGACGAAUGUGCCUUUCCGCUACUUCAAAGACACAACGGCAUUGGUCUGUUUUGGCGUUUGCACUACCAUGAUGACAUUAAAAUGUAACGCGUUUCAAACAGCCUUCAUGUUGGAGGGUUUGUCAUGUGUGACGCACCUCAACAAAUGCACACUAUUUCAGUAAUGGGUUUGUAUUUUAAGCCUCAUCGUCAACCUGUGAGAACAAGAUAUAAAUAAUGAUCUAAAGGUCGUGGCUGUCGCUUCACACUUUGUUCAUCAUAGCUUGUUUAUAAUGCUGCAACUCAUAGUAUGUUAACUAGAUGUGACGAUGCUAUUCUAUAUCCCGUUUCCUUUUGAUGUGUCUCUCCAAAACAUGAAUGAUAUUUUUCCAUAAAGGGGUUGUAAUAACCCCUCUUUGCAUGGCGUCAUAACAUUUUGGACACUAGUGCCUUCCAUUUUGUGUUUCCCGAGUAACGCCGACAGAAGGCUUUGUCGUGGCUAUUUCGUUGGCGUGCAGGCGGUGACAUUGCAGCUCGAGAGAUUUACCACCACUGCCCACAGCCGUUACUGGCACAUUUGUCGGGUGUCAGUCGAGGGACAGACGUGAGAAUGCGGAGCCCAUUUGUCAAUUGUGUCCAGUGCUUUUCACAACUGCAACCUAAUUCCCCGCUGUCAUAUGUGACCAUAAUAGCACAUUUCAGCCUUACAGACAACUCACACCGUGCACAUCUAUGUGUGCAUCACACGUCUUCAUGCGAGUGGACUAGAAACUUUCCUUUUUCAGGGUUUAUGGCAUAAUCCCAUCAAUUUGAAUGGAUGUUUCAAUGAAAGUAUCCGCAGUGCUUUGAUGUCAUAUACCAAAAAUGAGUCGAGGGCAAGUAGUAAAACUGAUGGUCAUUUGUUUUUUAAAUCUUAGUUUGAAUUGUUUGUUAUCUGAAAUUAUGUGAAUGUAUUUUUCUAAAUCUCCAUACUGCAAUAAAAGUUUAUAUUUAUAAAAAUA